AUGCCGCCAGCUCCUCGCGUUGUUCGGGUCCGUCCCUACAAGGACUUCCUCACGCCAGCCUUGCAUAGAAGAUUUGCGAUGGCAACGGCAGCUUUAUUUGGACUCUGUUAUGUAGAAGCAGUCCUGAUCGGAGAGUGGAAUUCUCUGCUAUGGUCGUGGUUCCCGUUGGGAAGAGCAGGCCUUCGGACAGCCCUACUAUUUAUUCCCGCCUUCAUGAUAUUUAUUCUUCGAGUUUCACAACUACAUGUGGGGUUACGGACGUCAUACUCAUCAUGGCAGACCUUCAGAACAUACUUCUUCAGACCUGAUAUCGUGCAGACAGGCGUUUGGUAUUCACUUUCGGCAUAUUUGUUCAGCGAGAUCUUCAUCUGGUCUGCGUCGAAAGACGCGGACCUCAACCGGAUCAAUGCCAUACCCAAAACGCACCGCCCAAUAUUGAACGAGAGGCCCAUAUAUCUGACGACCUUCUUCUACAUCCUUGCGUUUGUACAGGCCGGCUGCCACAUCUUUUACGAUUAUGAUCGAAUCGAUCUUCCAGUUAUGAAAACAAGACCCCAGGCCUCACCCAACCAGACCACGCAUCUAGUCGUUCCUCCUAUGGCGCAACUUAAGGGGAGGUUACCGUCCUUGAUACUUACCUCUGCUCAACGUGCUAUUGUUGUAGCUCUCGUUACACCAAUUGUGUAUUCAAUGGACCUUGGCGUAUACCCUUAUUCUAUACGAAAAUUUGCCUGGAGCUUCACUCGCUCCUGGGCAAGUAUUUUUUGGAAUCUGCCAAAGACCACGUCACCUCCGGCUAAAUUUCCAUGGCGUUUUGACCUGAUUGUACGAACGAUGCUAUCGGGCUUUCUACUUCUUAUGCUUUGGGAACUCGGAAAUGCCGCAUUUUCCGUGUAUGUGGCUCAAGAACCAUUAAAGAACGAGCGGCCUAUCACACACGAGUCUCGAGAUCCAAAUGGAAGUCUAUUGACCGGAUUGAGGGGAAAGAAACUGCAAACGAGGGCCUUUGCUUUUUGGGAACUCGCCCUGAUUGCGCAGAACUACGAAGGCCGAAGAAAAAUAAUUUUUGAGGACUUGGAUCGAGCUGGAGGCUCUACUUGGUCCCAGUUGCGAGACGUAUGUCUAGACGUAAUAAAUGGGAUGGAAUCGCGCAUUGCCGAGUAUCAAGCCCCCAAACCAGCAGCCGAUUCUCAGAAGAAGAUUCCGGAGCCCGAGCCUCUACCACGUCUGAGUGAGAAACCCUUAAAGGACGGCCUCGAACAGCCAGGAGAUAUUUUUACUUCUGCUCGUCCACAAAAAAGGGACAGUAGCCGUACUAUUGAGGCUAUCGGGAGGUUCGCAAAACGACACGGGCAAUCGGAACCUACGAGUCCUGAGCCCAAAUCAAAAGAGCUGCUCUUGAAAGCAGAAAGCGCAGUCCUUACUCCGGGGCAACAGAAAGCACUGUCCGACCAGGGGCUGGUGGGCCUUUUCAAGACCCAGAUCACUUGGAUUUUGAACAGUAGGCUAGGUUACCCAUUCAGACAGGAAUACAGGCGGAAAAUGGCUGCCAUAGUACUUGGCACGCCGUACGGAGACGUUGGGAUUAUUGUUGAUGCUGCGGAUGUAUUGACCCGAUUUGCAAUCUCCAGUUUGACGGAAGAUAAAUAUGGCAUUGUCCACAAAGAUGUGAAGGUUAUGAUCCAAACUUUCACGAAAGCAAUUGUUAGGUUGGAGGGAUUCAAGGCGGAAAUCGGAGUUCACUGGACAGACGUAGAGGCAAAGCAGGAAAGUCCGGAGGUUGAUACGAUAUUGGCAACUUUGAGGGGCGACCUCCAGGCGCUUAUCGACGCGUUUGAUGAGUAUGCGGAAGAUCUUAAAAUAAGUCGGACUGAGAUGAGAGUGGCCAGGAAUGCUGCGGCGAGUCCUGCGGCAGCAAGUCCGGUCCAGGCAGUCCCGGAAAUGGCGCAUGUUAGUUAG